UUACAAAGAGAAACCCUACAAAAACCCUUUCUCCCUCUCUCUCUCUCUCUGUAUGGACUCACCCAGGCUACCUACGACACGACCCUUUCUUCUGCUUCAAGACAUACCAUACCAUAACAAACCUUUCUGUAUUUUAUACCAUCAAUCUCAAUAUUGCAUUUAGUCGGUGAAAUUCUUACAGUUGGUACAGUCGAGAUCCAUAAUCCCAUUCAUUCAUUGUUGUUCUCUAGAGCUAGAACUGAGCUCCUCUGUUAGGGUUUUAGACAGAAAAUGGCAAGACUUUGUGGCGCUGGGCUUAUCUCAGCCCUAGCCUCUGCAGCAUUAGGUUCUGACCAUGCUUAUGCCGAAGGACCUUUCAGCUUCUCUCCCUUCUCUUCUCCUUCUUCUUCUUCUUCUUCACCUCCUCAGUCUCAAGCAGCAGCAGCAGCAGCAGCACCUCCACGGGUUCGCAACGAUAACCCACGAACUACGUCUGCUGGCUUUGAUCCUGAGGCGCUAGAAAGGGGUGCAAAAGCGCUGCGUCAGAUUACCAGCUCUACCCAUGCCAAAAAGGUGUUCGAGGUAAUGAAAAAGCAAGAGGAGACGAGGCUGACAGAAUUGACCACAAAAGGCGCAGAAUUUAAAGCUAUGCAAGCCGAAGCUGAAACUGAGAGACAAAAGGUAAUUUAUGAAGAACAGAAAAAGUUGGUUCAGCAACAGGCACAAAUAAAAUCCCAAAUGGCUCGCUAUGAGGAUGAAUUGGCAAGGAAGAGAAUGCAGGCAGAAAAUGAGCAUCACAGAGCAAGAAAUCAAGAGCUUGUAAAAAUGCAAGAAGAAUCAGCCAUUAGGCAAGAGCAGGCCAGACGAGCAACUGAAGAACAGAUUCAGGCGCAGCGUCGGCAAACAGAGAGGGAGAAAGCUGAGAUUGAACGUGAAACAAUAAGGGUAAAGGCUAUGGCAGAAGCAGAAGGAAGAGCCCACGAAGCAAAGCUUGGUGAAGAGGUCAACAGACGCAUGCUAGUGGAGCGCGCAAAUGCAGAGAGGGAGAAAUGGGUUGCUGCCAUAAAUACAGCUUUUGAUCAUAUUGGAGGUGGUUUGCAUGCCAUAUUAACUGAUCAAAAUAAGCUGGUUGUGGCUGUCGGUGGAGUGACAGCUCUUGCAGCAGGGAUCUACACAACAAGAGAAGGUGCAAGAGUGCUUUGGAGCUACGUGGACAGAAUAUUAGGACAACCGUCAUUGAUCAGAGAGUCCUCCAGAGGGAAAUACCCUUGGUCAGGAUUGUUUUCUCGUGGUAUGAGCACUCUAUCACAUAAAACUGAUAAAGUCUCUUCCCUCAAAAAUGGGAAUGGCUUUGGUGAUGUUAUCUUAAACCCUUCUCUUCAAAAACGAAUUCAGCAGCUAGCUCGUGCAACUGCAAAUACAAAAUCGCAUCAAGCACCAUUUCGGAACAUGCUCUUCCAUGGUCCUCCUGGAACAGGGAAAACAAUGGCUGCUAGAGAGAUGGCACGCAAAUCUGGGCUAGAUUAUGCAUUAAUGACUGGUGGAGACGUUGCGCCACUGGGUCCACAGGCUGUUACCAAGAUACACCAAUUGUUUGAUUGGGCCAAGAAGUCAAAUAAAGGUUUAUUGCUUUUCAUUGAUGAAGCGGAUGCAUUUUUGUGCGAGCGAAAUAAAACCUACAUGAGUGAAGCUCAAAGGAGUGCACUCAAUGCCCUCCUUUUCCGUACUGGUGACCAGUCCAAGGAUAUAGUCCUUGCUCUAGCUACAAACCGCCCUGGCGAUCUUGAUUCAGCAGUGGCAGAUCGUAUUGAUGAAGUCCUUGAGUUCCCUUUGCCUGGUGAGGGCGAACGAUUCAAGCUGCUGAAACUCUAUUUGAACAAGUACAUAGGUCAGGCGGGGGCAAGAAAACCAGGCUUAUUUUCCAAUCUGUUCCGGAAACAACAGCAAAAGAUAGAGAUAAAGGGCUUGACCGAUGAUACUCUGAAGGAAGCUGCAGCUAAGACUGAAGGAUUCUCAGGAAGAGAAAUAGCAAAGCUGAUGGCAAGUGUUCAAGCUGCUGUUUAUGGGAGCGAGAACUGUGUGCUUGAUCCAAACUUGUUCCGUGAAGUAGUAGAUUACAAAGUUGCAGAGCAUCAACAGAGAAAGAAUCUGGCUGCUGCUGAUGGGAAGUAGUUCCUGAUGGGAGUGUUUUUAAACGCUAGCAUACAAAAUUUUGUCUUUGCUAAUUGGGUAAGAAUGAGUUGGUAUCUGCUUAUUUUGUCAGUCUUGGGUCAUUUUUAUUUUUUGGUUAACUUAUUGUCAUCAUUAUUUGCCCCAUCUACUGGGGAGUUUUGGUAUGUUUACCAUAGUUUACAUUCAAUCUUUCUGUUGACUAUUCAUAAGUUAUAUAUUAUACAUUUGCGGUGCCACUUGCCCCUAUUGUUCUUCACUCAUUGGGGUUCCCCAUUGAGCUAACUUUUUUUUAUGAAUGGAGACUUCACCACACAGAGAUUUGGGAUUC